GCAGCUCCCCCGCAGUCGCCCCGCCGCGCCCCCGGGAUGGGCCCGGGAAGCCGGUGGCUGCUGGGCGCCGCCCUGCUGUGCCAGGUGGCGCCCCUGCUGGGCCAGACAGCAGCAGUGGUCCCCUUCGAGGAGGUGUGGAGCCGCAGUUACUGCCGUGCCCUGGAGACCCUGGUGGACGUGCUGGGCGAGUUCCCCCACGAGGCUGAGCACGUGUUCAAGCCGUCCUGUGUCCCGCUGCGGCGCUGCGCUGGCUGCUGCGGCGAUGAGGACCUGGAGUGUGUCGCUGUGGAGACCCGCCCCGUGGCCAUGCAGGUCGUCCGCCUCAGCCCGAUCCAGGGGAAGAGUCAGCAGGAAGAGAUGAGGUUCACCGAGCACAGCCGCUGCGCAUGCAGGCCUCGGAGGAAACGAUUGAAAAGCGAGAGAGACAGCAAGAGAGGGGCCAAGAGGAGACCUCGGGAGCCGGGCCCUGUGCCCCUCCCCACCCCCCUGUGCCAGCCCCCGUCACAGAGGGAGCUGAGGAGCUGAGGCCACAGCCGAGGCCAAGACCUGGGGUGAAGGAACCGGUCCUGCACCCAGGUGGGGGUCCAGGGUGCAGCCCCCAAAGCAGACUGGAGCUGGGACCACCUCCAGCACCCAGUGAACGAGCCCACGUGCAGCACCCAGGCUGGGGGGGCUGGUGACCCCACAUGAAAGGGGCAUGGGGUGAUGCCUCUAGGGCAGUAGGGGGAGGGGACUUGCUCCGAAGAGGUUGCUGUUCCAGGGGGUUCUGCCAGGUGGCCAGGGGCUCCCAGGUUGAUGUCAGGGGUAGGCAGGGGCUGAAGGCAGCUGGAUGGGGAAUUGAGGACCUGAACUGGCAAAGGGAGCUUCAGGCCAGGUGCCCCAGGGCCAGGAGCGGAUAGUGGGUAGAUGGGGGUUUGGUCCCACCCCCCUUUCCAGCAAUGGGAGCCCAGGAGCCAGCCCCCUCCCCCUCAGCUUUAGAAGCCUCCCCCUCAGAUAGGAACCAGGUCCCCCUGGAUGGGAGCAGGAGCAGCCCGAAGCAAGAUGUGAGCCGGUGAAUUCCACGGGGCUGCAAUGCCCAGCCUGGCCUCCCCUGUUCUGAGGCUGCAGAUUGCUCAUGUAUAACCCAUGCACAGAUACUGAACCCACAAUAAACCCCAUCUCCUCCCCGCCCUGUCGUGAUUGUC